CCGGAAGCUCCGCUCAAAAUGCUGAACUGCUCUUUGGAAGUCGUUAGUGCUGUGGUCGUUGGAGACUGUGCUCGGGCCUGAGCCUCGAGGCCAGGCUCCUGGGUGUCGUUAAUGUUCGGGGCCGCCGGGCGCCCACCGAUCGGAGCUCCAGCCGCCGGGAACAGCUGGCAUUUCAGUCGAACCAUGGAAGAACUGGUUCAUGAUCUUGUCUCAGCGUUGGAGGAGAGCUCAGAGCAAGCUCGAGGUGGAUUUGCUGAAACGGGAGACCAUUCUCGAAGCAUAUCGUGCCCUCUGAAACGCCAGGCAAGGAAAAGGAGAGGAAGAAAACGGAGGUCGUAUAAUGUUCACCACCCAUGGGAAACCGGUCACUGCUUAAGUGAGGGCUCAGAUUCUAGUUUAGAAGAACCGAGCAAAGACUACAGAGAGAAUCACAAUAAUAACAAGAAAGAUCAUAGUGACUCUGAUGACCAAAUGCUAGUGGCCAAGCGCCGGCCAUCAUCAAACUUAAACAACAACGUCCGUGGGAAACGACCUCUGUGGCAUGAGUCCGAUUUUGCCAUGGACAACCUUGGGAACAGGACUCUGCGCAGGAGGAGGAAGGUAAAACGCAUGGCGGUUGACCUCCCACAGGACAUCUCCAGCAAACGAACGAUGACACAGCCCCCUGAAGCUUGUAGAGAUCAGGACAUGGACAGUGAUCGAGCUUACCACUAUCAAGAGUUCACCAAGAACAAAGUCAAGAAAAGGAAACUGAAAAUCGUUAGACAAGGACCCAAAAUCCAAGAUGAAGGAGUGGUUUUAGAAAGUGAGGAAAUAAACCAGACCAGUAAGGACAAAAUGGAGUAUGAAGAGCAAAAAAUCUCCGAUGAGCUCAUGAGUGAAAGUGAUUCCAGCAGUCUCAGCAGCACUGAUGCUGGCUUGUUUACCAAUGAUGAGGGAAGACAAGGUGAUGAUGAGCAGAGUGACUGGUUUUACGAAAAGGAGUCAGGGGGAGCAUGUGGCAUCACUGGAGUCGUGCCGUGGUGGGAAAAGGAAGACCCCACCGAGCUAGACAAAAAUUUACCAGAUCCCGUCUUUGAAAGUAUCCUAACUGGUUCUUUCCCCCUUAUGUCGCAUCCCGGAAGAAGAGGUUUCCAAGCUAGACUCAGUCGCCUUCAUGGAAUGCCUUCCAAGAAUAUUAAAAAAUCUGGAGGGACCCCAUCUUCAAUGGGAAGCACUCCUGGCCCCGUGGGCAACAAGAGAAUGGUUCAUUUUUCCCCAGAUUCUCAUCGCCACGACCAUUGGUUCAGCCCUGGGGCUAGGACAGAGCACGGCCAGCACCAGCUUCUGAGAGAUAACCGAGCUGAGAGAGGACACAAGAAAACCUGUUCUGUGAAAACAGCCAGCAGGCAAACAAGCAUGCAUUUGGGAUCCUUAUGCACAGGAGAUAUCAAACGGAGGAGGAAAGCUGCACCUUUGCCUGGACCUACUACAACAGGGUUUGUGGGCGAAAAUGCCCAGCCCAUCGUAGAAAACAACAUUGGAAACCGGAUGCUCCAGAACAUGGGCUGGACGCCUGGCUCGGGCCUCGGACGCGAUGGCAAGGGGAUUCCUGAGCCAAUUCAAGCCUUGCAGAGGCCAAAAGGGCUAGGACUCGGGUAUCCUCUACCAAAAAGCUCUCCUGCAGCCACAACCCCCACUCCAGGAAAAUCAGCCUAAGAAGAAAAGCCAAGAAGAAACCAACGUUCUACAACUUUCUAUUCACUCUACACAUCCCAUUGUUCUAAAAGUACAACAUAGCUUCUGUUUUCGAAGCAGAAAUCUACCUGGCCCUGAACGUGUCACUCUAGCUUCCUAACUGCGUCCAGUCCUGUCACAGGCAUAGAAAUGGGGUGUCGUCAUAGUUCAUGGUGCUACAGUACAAACCUUGACCUUUAAAACUUUUUCAGCAAUUUUCAGCUGUUUCUCGGUAUAAAGAACAGCUCAUUUCUCUUAUUUAUUUUGAUCUUGUACGUUACUAACGUCUAAUGCUGUUUUAGCUUGAUUCAUUCGUGUGUGCUUGCGACGCCCAGGCAAAUGUGAGCGUACCGUUGGGUUUCUCAAAUGGGAUGGGCCAGAAGGGAUUGUGGGUCAUGUCAUCCGCAUUGAUGGUUAUACAACAGACAUAUCAUUGCAUCAAUGAAGUCCUAAAAAAAUCUUUGAUUGAAAGGCUUCCCGACUUCAUAUUUCUUGAGUUUGGCUUUUUUUUUUUUUUUUAAAUCCUUGGACAAUGUAGUAUGAAGUUCACAGUUGACGCAAUUAAUGUUUCCCUCUGACGUUUUGACAAAAAUGAACCUCACUGUUACCACCAGAGUGCCCUCAACAUGAUUGUAGUGCGUAUUUUAUAAAUUUUACCUCAUUUAGCACAUAAAAGGAUUAUUGAAAGAAAAAUGUAUUUUUUAAAUUCAUCAUGCCUGAACUGUAAAUUCUAUAAAUCGAGACUUACUUCUACCUCUCUCUUCCCAAAGGUUGAUAUAUAUAUUUUUUUUCAACAUCAACUCAGCUGUAGAAAACUGAUUUUAAAUCCUAACCAUUGAUGGAAGUUAGAAUAUCAGAUCAAUUUAUUUGAAGAUGUAAAUGGGUCUCCCAAGAAUUCAGAUUUCUGGCAGUGAUCCAACCCAUUUGCAAGGUGAACAAAAACGAAUGGUACCCACUUGCCCUUUCUAACAUCUAAGCAGUUACUUUCAAACCAAGCAAAGCAAGUCACGUUAUGCUGUGCCUCGCGUUGUUUUUUUGAAUCAUCGGCUUCAUAAUGUCAGAGAUUCUAAACUGCUCUCAAUGUGGAAGAUGUAGAUUGGUUAUCAUUUUCAUCAUUAAGGACUCAUAAUAAUAUUCUAUUUGUAAUGGCCCUUAUUGGUUGAAUAAAGGCCAAGAUAACACAUGUGAAUCACCUUUAUAAUGGGUUUUUUUUUUUUAAGGCUUUGGCUUUUUUAAGAGCAAUUUUAGCUUCACUGCAAAAUUAAGGCCAAGGCAGAGAUUUCUCCUAGGCCCUCCACCCCCGCACAUGCACUGCCCCCACUCCUUCAACCUUCCCCACCAGAGGGGUGCGUGUGUUAUAGCUGAUGAACCUACACGACACGUCAUUAUCACCCAAAGCCCACAAUUUACAUUACCGUUCACUCUUGGUGUGGUACAUUUUAUGGACUUGAAUAAAUGUAUAAGGACAUGUAUCAGACACAGGCGUUUUGCUGCCCCCAAAUUCCUCUGCUCCACUGUAAUAGGGUUUUGAAAAUUUGCAAAUCAAGAGAUUUUUAAAGGGGGGACGAGGAGUUUUGGGCAUGCAAUAGACCUUUCCCUGGUGGUCCCCUGCCAGUUAGGGAGAGGACGGUCAGCUGCUAUUUGAAAGCCUCCUGAUGGUUUGCCAAAUGUAUACAUUUCUUUUAAGAAUUACCUUCUUUCUUAGGGUUAUUGUGGUAAGAGGCCAGGUCAAUUAGAGGACCUAUAAACUACCAGGUGAGUUGCUCUUUUGAAGCAUUCUUGCUGGAUAAAGUCACCUUGUUGUAUGAUUACUUUCUACAAAUUUGUUACUUAGGAAUUUGCCAUUUUUAAAAAAAAUGCUUUUUGUUAACUCAUUCUCUCGAUUACAAGCAGGAAAACCUGGGGGAUACUGUCUAUAAUAACAGUUUAAAAUUUCUUUAUGGCAGUUUAUAGUGCUCUGGUGUCUGUUCAAAAGAUUUUUCUUUAAAUUCCAAUAUUUUCUGAAAAUCGGAAGAUCUUCUAAAAAUCUCAGCAUUUUGGAAAGCCAAAUGUGGAGCCACGAAUAACACCCAAUGAGGUUACUGGGAGACUGACCCCAAACUCCUGAGGACUUGGCUGCUCUUCUUCACUUUGCCAGGUUAACCCUCAAAGAGCAGAACAUACACCGACUGGCGUAGGGGACUCUUCAAUGAAAUGUUGCGGUCUUCAUGAACAUUUUGUUGUCCUGGCGGCGUACUGCUCUUCUGAAGCAGCUCUUCUAAGAUGCUCACUUCACUUGGGUGCCAUUCUCUACACUCCUCCUUAAUAAUCCUUCUUUAUAGUUUCAGCUGAUAGAAGAAAGCUCUUAAACCUUGACAUCUAAAGUCACAGAGGACUUACAAUAUUUCUUCAUCUGUGGAAGUGUUUAACUAUACAGAAGACAUGAAUCAAUACUCAAAGUAGAGAAGUGGCAACAUCCAAGCUUCCCCAUGCUCUACACCAGGGGUGUCCAAACUGCGGCCUGCGAUCCAUUGUUAAUUGGCCCGCAGCAAAUGCCAAAAAUAGAUUUAGUUUACUUAAAUAAACCAGGUGAGGCAAUACGUACUUCACCUCGAGUGAGUGGCCCGGCUUUUUGUGUAUUUUACCGCAUACGGCCCUUGGUGAGAAACGUUGAAAAAGUUUGGACACCCCUGCUCUACACAUACACCAGGAGUGCAGACGUCCCUUGAAAUUAGCAAUUCAACUUUUUGUCUUUAGAUACUUGUUAUACUUGAUAUUGACCACACU